GUCGAAGUUGAACUGAAUCAGCGCUUCAUCACAAGCUGUGGAUUGCCCGGGCGCAAUCGCAUCACCUAUGCCAAUGGAGCACCUGCUUGGUUGGCCUGCUAGCUAGUCCUAGAUAGUACUUACUCUGCGCUGCACUUUCUUAUCCUUCUCAAUCAUGUCGCUCGUGCUAUUUCCCUUGCUGCUGGCUGGCCUGCUCGUUUCUCAUGUUGGUCCAUGCACAUCAGAGAAGGUGGCCAUCGUCGGUGGGGGUGUCGGUGGCGCUGCUGCUGCAUAUUAUCUGCACAAGGCUGAUGGCCAUGCCGAGAUCCACUUGUUUGAAAGGGAACAACGGCUGGGGGGGACGCUUCAGGAGGUGACUUUUGAGGGAAGGGUGGUGGAGCUGGGGCACCCUGUCUUUCACAAAAAGAACAAGUUGAGUGCACAGCUGGUGGAGGAGCUGGGCCUAGAGACGGCUGUCCCACAAGGCCUGGACGGCUCAUAUGGCAUUUUUGAUGGGGAGUCCUUUGUGUAUCGGGAGGGCGCAAACGACACGAACGCAGACGACUGGCGCCGCUUCUUUAAGUACCUCACUCGAUAUACGCUGAACAUCCGAGGCAUGAAGUUUAACAUCCAGGCUUACCUGGAGAACUGGGAGAAGCUGUUGGACGACCCCCCGUUUGAGGACGUUCCGGACCUUUUGGACAUGGUCAACAUGGUGGAAAAAGCUACAUACACGCUGGCACAGGACCUCGCAGACUCGUAUGGCGCCUUAACCCUUAGGGACUUUGGCGCAGCCUCCACACGCUUCGUCUUGGGGCAGGACCCGCCAAUAGUCAAUUCCGUGGCCGCACACCAGGCACUGAGUGUGUCAAGGGCCUGCAGAGCGGAUCAGCUGUGGAGCGUCAAGGGGGGAGCAAAGCAGCUCGUACAAAAGCUGGUGGACCAGUCCAAGGCAACGGUGCACCUGGGCCAUGACGUCAACGGAAUUGAUGCACGGGCAGAUGGGGUUUACGAGGUCCGCCACAAGGGGGGCGGCAAGACCGUUUCGGAGGCGUUCGACGUGGUCAUCAUCUCCGCGCCGCUAGAUCCGGACGAGUUGGCGCUGCCGGACGGCGUGGACGCGGGGCCGGACAUCGACUGGCUGGACCAGGAGGUGACGCUCGUCAAGGGGACGCUCAACCAGACCACGUUCAAGGUGGGCAAGAAUGAGACGCUUCCUGACGUCAUCGCCACGGUGGACACCGUCUUCUUCCCAAUCCACGCGCUGCGCCGCCUGUGGACCUUCCCGGAUGGAGAGCACGCGUUCCUGGUGACCAUGGCCGAGAAAAUGACCGACGAAAUGGUCAACGACUGCUUCAGCCACGUGUCGAAGAUCAAGCGGAUGACGCUGGAGAACGUGUGGCCGGACCUGAGCGCCAAGGGCAAAGGCGCCAAGUACCCUCCAAUUCAAUUAGAUGGCAAGAAGCUCCUGUUCCCCGCAGCCGUCGAGUCAGUAGUGAGCGGACUCGAGGCCACAAUAAUCUCAGCCAGGAACGCCGUUAGGUUGCUGCUGGAACCCAAAGAAGCCCCGAUUGAGGAAAGUGUGGUGGCGGUUGAGGAGGCAACCGAGAGGGUUAAUGUGGGCAAGGUGCCGGAGCAUGUUCUGGGGGAGAAGACGGGGGCGGAGACCGCAGAUCUGCCGGAUCGGACGGAGUUGUGACGUGCUGCAUGCUUUGUUUUUGGCGUAUCUUGAAAAUCUCUGCUCAAACCAACGCUGUUGGAUUGUAAGCCAAGAUUGAGUG